CUCCAGAGAGAAGUGCAGUUCCAAAUCGUGUGGCGAGCAUUGAAUUUGGUUGGAGUAGAUAACGAUGAGGCGAAAAUAACGAGGAGUGAAGCAAAGUGAGCUUCUCGUAUCUGAUUUUGGAAGCGGUGGAAGCCAUGGCAGUAGCAGGGGCAGUGACAGUGACAGUGGCAGGGCAGCCUCAGCCUCAGCUGUAUAGGCGAUGGCAUCCCUCACUGCAGACCUCAACAAGGAGGAGAUAUGCUGUGUCCGCAUUUAAAGUUAGAGCUGACGCGGAAAAAAAUGUGUUGAUUGUUAACACAAAUAGCGGAGGGCACGCCAUUAUAGGCUUCUGGUUGGCCAGAGAUCUCAAGAAAUCGGGGCAUCAAGUUACCAUCUUUACUGCUGGCGAAGAGGCCUCCCCCAAGAUGACCAAAACGCCAUUCUCUCGUUUUUCAGAGUUAAGGGAUAUUGGAGUGCAAACAAUUUGGGGGAAUCCAGAUGAGAUUGGAAAAACAAUCAGCUCAAGUAUUUUUGAUGCCGUGUUGGAUAACAAUGGCAAAGACUUAAGCUUUGUAAAGCCUGUGGCAGACUGGGCAAAAGGGAUUGGUGCAGGACAGUUUCUAUAUAUAAGUAGUGCUGGAAUAUACAAGCCCACUGAUGAGCCUCCACAUGUUGAGGGGGAUCUUGUGAAGAUAGAUGCUAGUCAUGUGGCUGUGGAGGACCAUAUCAAAAGCUUAUCUUUCAAUAGUUUGGCCAUAUUCCGACCACAAUACAUGAUUGGUUCUGGGAAUAACAAAGAUUGUGAAGAAUGGUUUUUUGAUCGUAUCGUCCGAGACAGGCCAGUUCCAAUUCCAGGUUCUGGAAUGCAAGUGACGAAUAUAGCACAUGUUAAAGACCUAUCAAGCAUGCUUGUCCUUGCAGUUCAGAAACCGUCUGCUGCCAAUGGCAAUGUUUUCAAUGCUGUUUGUGAUCGAGCUAUCACAUUUGAUGGGCUUGUCAAACUCUGUGCUAAAGUUGCUGGAAAAAAAGCUGAUAUUGUUCAUUACGAUCCCAAGUCUCUUGGCAUUGAUGCCAAAAAAGCAUUCCCCUUUCGAAAUAUGCAUUUUUAUGCGGAACCAAGAGCAGCAAAGGAGAUUCUCGGAUGGCAAAGCACCACAAAUCUUUUAGAAGACUUAAAAGAGCGCUUUGAGGAAUAUAUUGCUAUUGGAAGAGACAAGAAAGAAAUGAAGUUUGAAUUGGAUGACAAGAUUUUGGAGUCUUCAAGGGUAGCAAUCACUGUGUGAAAAUUUGAACAACACGAAAUGCAAUUAUAUUUGUGCAAUAAGUGCUGCUUCAUUAUCUAAGAGUUGAUGUUUGGGCAGAUAUGAACAAUCAAUGUAAUUCUUUGAGUUGUAAUUCUUGUCAGUAUAUUUAUAGAAACUUUGAUCUUAUAAAAGAAUCAGAAAUCAUGUAUGACUUCCAAAAGUAGCA